CCUCAAUUCUAUGGCUUCCUCCACAGUUUUCAUACCAAACCCACAGACCAACAGCCACGUUACAUUUUCAGAAAACAUUAUACCCAAGUCACAACACUCUUUUGGUCAGGUUUCACUGCCUAAGAAAACUGAAACCUCUUUAGCUAGACACUCAGUUGCUGCUUCUUAUGUAGCAACAAAAACAGCAGCAACAACAACAGUGUCAUCCAGGGCCUUAAAAUCUAGCUCAACUACUACUUCUUUGUCUCACUUUUGGAGAGAGGUUCAUGGUUUAAACAACUGGGAAAAUCUUGUUGAACCAUUGCACCCUCUUCUCCGUCAAGAGAUUAUUCGGUACGGGGAGUUUGUCACCGCUUGUUACAAGGCUUUCGAUCUAGACCCCAACUCAAAACGUUACUUGAAUUGUAAGUAUGGGAAGAAGAACAUGUUGAAUGAAGUUGGGAUGGAGAAUUCCGGCUAUAAGGUCACUAAGUACAUCUACGCCACGCCGGACAUCUAUAUUCCAAUCCAAAAUGGUGCCCCUUGUGGACGUUGGAUCGGUUAUGUUGCAGUGUCCGAUGAUGAAUCAGUUCGGAGACUUGGGAGGAGAGACAUAGUCAUUACUUUCAGGGGAACAGUGACUAACCAUGAAUGGAUUGCAAACCUAAUGAGCUCACUCACACCGGCACGGCUAGAUCCUCAUGAUCCGCGGCCAGACGUGAAGGUGGAAGCGGGAUUUCUGAGUUUAUACACUUCAGACGAGAGUGAUAGUAAGUUUGGCCUCGGAAGUUGCCGAGAACAGCUUCUAUCCGAGGUGUCUCGGCUGUUAACAAAGUACAAAGGUGAGGAACUUAGCAUUUCAAUAGCAGGACAUAGCAUGGGGAGCUCACUGGCUCUUCUACUUGCUUAUGACAUCGCCGAGCUUGGAUUGAAUAAAGAGAAUUCAAGCCGGGGAAAACCAAUCACAGUUUUUUCAUUCGGAGGCCCGAGAGUCGGGAACUCGGGAUUCAAGCAAAGGUGCGAGGAAUUGGGUGUUAAAGUACUAAGAAUAGUGAAUGUCAAUGACCCCAUUACAAAGAUGCCAGGGGUUUUUUUGAAUGAGAGUUUUAGGGUUUUUGGGGACAGAUAUGAGUUACCUUGGAGUUGUUCAUGUUAUGCUCAUGUGGGUGUUGAAUUAGUCCUUGACUUCUUCAACAUGCAAAAUCCUUCUUGUGUUCAUGAUCUGGGAACAUAUAUCAGCUUGCUUAAAUGUCCCAAGAAACUACAGUUCCAAAGGAAUACUGUAGAUUUACUCGACAGAGCAAGAGAGAUGCUCAUAAGUGCACAAAAUUUUAACAUGUUGCCUUGGGAAAUGCUACCAGCAUUAUUUUAAACUUGGUUAUCUGAUCACAAAACAUGUGAUUGUUGAUAAUCUGAAGUAUUCUUUGAAAUCCUCGAC